AUGAAGCCUACGGACGUUCAAUUCGUCAUUGGCCUAUCCGGCUACUUUGUCAAAGACCUCGAGGCCGUUCGCUGGAGUCCAGCGUAUGAUCCUUUGAGUGACAACAUCUCACCAUGCACAUCUGGUUUCCGGAGCGUCGUACAAGCCGGGCAAGUUAUUUCAAUUAUGCUGCAUCUUCCCCGCGGCGAGAUCGCAGUAGGUGACUGCGUCGAUGUCAUAUUUUCCGGCGCUGCAUCCCGAGACUCCCUCUUCAUCGCAGAAGAACACCUCCCUAUCCUCGAGUCCGUGGUGAAGCCAUGGCUGCUCAGCUGCGACAUCUCGAAUUUCCGACAGAACGCAAAACAGGUUGGCUUUCCCUGGAAGAGAUUGCAGGAUCGCAGGCUUCACUCCGCGGUUCGGUAUGGUCUCACGCAAGCGCUCCUUGCAGCCACCGCACUGGUCCAGCGCUGUACCAUCGCCGAGGUGAUAUGUCGCGAGUGGAGUCUCGGCUCAAUUGCAGAUCGUCCCGUUGAUAUUCUCGCCUCCUGCCACCGCAAUGACACGCUUCAGCUGGACCGGAUGAUUAUGAAGAAGGCCCUGAUGCUCCCUCACGCCUCGUUUGUACACGUCUCCGACAUAGGUCCCCAGGGUACACUGUUGAUGGACUACGUGAGCACCGUCGCCCGUCGAAUCCAGCAACGCGCUCCUCCAGACUAUCAUCCCCGUCUACACUUCGACGUCUACGGUACUCUAGGCGACGUCUUUCCGGAGACGACGCAGCUGGCCGAGUUUCUAGGUCGGCUACGUCAACGCGCUCGACCCUACGCUCUCCUCAUCGAAUCUCCGAUCAUUGCGUCCUCCAGAUCGGCGCAGAUCCAGCGGUUGGCGGACCUUCGCGUGUGCCUAAAGCGGAAGGGCAUUGAUGUCAAAAUCGUCGCGGACGAAUGGUGCAAUACGCUGCAGGAUAUACGGGAUUUUGCGGACGCGGACGCGGUCGACUACGUGCAGAUCAAAAUGCCCGAUCUGGGCGGGGUCGACCAGAGCAUCGAUGCGGUGCUGUACUGCCACGGCAAGAAGAUCGGGUGCUGUCUGGGAGGAUCUGCGAAUGAGACAGAUGUGUCCGCUCGCAUCACGGCGCAUGUGGCGUUGGCGACGAGGCCGGAUUUCUUGCUGUCAAAGCCGGGGAUCGGGGCUGAUGAGGGGUUGAUGAUCCUUACGAAUGAGAUGCUGCGGGGGAUCGCGUUGGCGAAGAGAGGGCAUUGUAGACUGUAG